GUUACGGAAACAUCGCUCCUAAGACCAACUGGGGAAAGCUUGUGACUAUCGUGUACGCAAUUAUCGGUAUUCCUUUGAUGUUUCUUUACCUCACCAACAUCGGAGAUCUUCUAGCCAAGUCUUUCAAGUACAUCUAUGGACGACUUUGCCGAUGCAAACCAAAUGACGAGAAACGUCGACGUCGACAUCGCGAGCACUACCGAGUUCACCAUAUUGUUCUCCACGACACGACAUCAAAUAUUAACAAUUUUAUAGACCCUAAUUUUCCCAGUAAAUUUGGUAGACCUCGACUAGACGAAACCAAGAUGGAAACCUUACCAGAGGAAAUCUCAGAAGAAGAGGAUUAUGGGAAACAAAGAAUCGUCGUUCCAAUUACUUUGUGCUUAGUACUAAUUACAGGAUACAUCUGUGGGGGCGCUUUUCUGUUUUCGAUCUCGGAAGGCUGGAAUUAUUUAGAUGGCGCUUACUUCUGCUUCGUCACGCUGAGUACUGUUGGGUUUGGUGAUACUGUCGUUUCAAAUGCUGAAAGUUCACAACACAAACUGGUUAUUUGCUCACUCUACCUGCUUGGUGGUAUGGCUUUAAUCGCCAUGUGCUUUAACCUUGUGCAGGAUGAAGUCCUUUACAAGUUACGGAGUGUGGGAAUGAGAUUAGGGAUAAUACAGGAACAGGAAGAUAUACAGGAAUGAAGCUAGAGACGAGGCUGAUGAU